AUGCGCGAAGAUACUCCGGCCCAAGCCGUCACGGCCGCUGUCAACGACGACCUCAUCUCCAGGCCAGCCUACGCCAAGCUUCUGGCACGUCUCGUCAACGACUGUAACGCGAGGCUGGAUGCUUCAGUCGCGAUCGCCGUGGCAGCGGCAAUGGCCAAGUGCCACGAGGAGGUCGACAAUCGCCUAUCCCACGCCCUUGCCACUGCUGAGGAGCGACACGAGACGCACACUGCCACCUUGGUGAAGCAGCUUGCCAACACUCAAAGCAUUGUCAACGCCCAAACUGCGCAAAUCGAGACUUUGAGCGCCCUCUUAAAGGUCGCGCAUCCUCGGCUUGAAGGUGCUUCUCUUCCUGCCGACGCCACCGCGCUUGUCGACGCCGCUGAGGCAAGGUUCAGCAUGGCCCUCAAUGCUGCUGAGUCCCGGUUCAACGAGGCCCUGACGACCGUGAAGGUCGAUACGGCCCAGCAACUGCAGGCUGUACGUAAUUUCAGCAGCGUGUCGCUUCAGGAGCUCCAGGAUUCAAUCCAUCAGUCUGCUCUGUCCGCGGCGACGACCACCUUCCUCUCCGACGUCACUCCUCAAGCGCGUGUCGCCACCGCUGAGGACGGCAUAAACCAUGUCCGCCAAGGUAAUGGAGCCUAUAGCCAGAACAAUGAAGAGUCAGAACGCGACCAGAAGGAGGUGUCUGACCGCCUCCUGGCCAAUGAGCUUGCAUGCAACAAGGCCAUCAAGGAGUAUCAGCAGCUGAGCAAGCGUGUACAGGCUUUGGGAACCAACGCUGGGCGCAACAACGUCAGCAUCAUGAAGGCACAGCAGACGCUCGGCGAGCGGUUGAGGCUGCUUGAAGAAACGGUCUCGGCCAGCAACUCGGAGCGCGUUGGUGCAGUUAACGGGCUGCGUACCGAGAUCCAGGAGCUGAGGUGCGCCAUGGAAGAGCUCGCUAGCUCCCCUCCGACCGACCAAUAUGCACCCUCCAGGACCGCUUCCACCGACAGUCCCAUUGCCCUUGUCCUCGAUAAGGUUCUCGAGCUUGUUGGCAAGCAUGAGGCUUUCUUCGAAUUCUAUGGUGACCGCCUCAUUGCUGUCACCCUCGCCCUCGCCGGAGGGAAGAUCAGCCGCUUGUCGCCGACGGGUAUCAAGGGCGUUCAGGCGACCCUCCGGCAGGUGAAGCACCUCAGCCCGCUCAAGAUAGGAGACGUGGCCCAGCAUUACAUUGACCGCCUUGAGCGAAAGAGGAAUGCUGCCGCCCGAGGGAAGGGCGAAUUUGUUACGACGGCGCGGAACGCCGGGUCAGAUGCGAAGCAGACAGUGGCGGAGCAGGCCAAUGAGGCUGACGAGGAUGGCGCCGAAAAUAUACUGCUUGCGGAGCAGGACAGGGGGGCUGCGGACCAAGUGGCUGAAGAGGGGGGUAGCAUUGGCAAAUCUGGGUGCGAGGUUCUUCAGUAA